AUGUUUGCAGAGUUUUUGAAGUGGAAGAACGAGAGACUCUUCGGACAGCAUGGGUUGAUUCUGUUUGGAGAGCCUUCUCCAUUAACCUUUGCUUUAGAGGACUUACCUCAGGACACAAUGCCAAAACGUCAACUGCAUUAUUCUAGUGAAUCCACCAACGAGAGCCACAAUCUGGACACUCUCCAACACGAUGUCCACCCUUCGCAUCUUGACACAGCUGAUAUCGCUUAUCUUCAAGCAAAGGGGGCUUUUGUGAUGCCAUCUGAAAAGACCUUGGAGUACUUUGUUACUGUCUUUUUCACCAAAUUCUAUCCUUUAUAUUCCAUCGUGGAAAAGGAGGCACUUAAAAAAGCACUAAAAAUCGGGAAACUACCCUGGAUUUUGAUUCACACUGUCUGCUUUAUAGGAGCAACUUUUUGCGAUUUGCCAGUCAUCUUUAAGUCUGGGUUCGACUCUAGAUUUGAGGCACGGAAACAUUAUUAUACCAAAGCCAAGUUGAUGUUUGAUACUGGCUAUGAGACAGGCAAAGUUAUCCUGCUCCAAUCAGCUAUUAUGUUGAGCUUCUGGGGGCCCCAUUUGCAGAGUUACUGCAAUCCGUGUUCUUGGAUCAAUAUUGCGAGCACUUUAGCAAUAUCCCUAGGGCUUCAUCGCACGGCAACUCACUCAAAUAGCCCUAGCGAUAAAGGUCUUCUUCGAAGGUUAUGGUGGACUCUGGUGGUACGAGACACCUUCUGCUCAAUUCUAUUGGGACGACCAUUUCGAAUCAAUUUAUCACAGUGCAACACGGAAGCGCCGAAUAUAGAGGAGUUUGAAACCCCGGAAGAUGGGUUCUAUCAGGUGCAAAUUGGCCACCUAUCCCUUCUCCUUAGGGAUGUUGUUUAUUAUCGUUUCGGUCCUGGAAACAUCGAUCUUUCUCUAGAAAAGAUACAUGCCAACCUCGACACAUGGUAUUUAAGGAUACGCAUUUCUCUGGAACAGUGGCCUAAUCCGCCCUUCAAAUGUUCCACUGCAUUUGAGCUUCUCUACAACUAUCACGUCCUUCUGUUAUAUAUUGAAAGUCCUUCAGUUUUCCGUCGGUUUACAGAUGCGCAACCACAUCCUCCUGAUCCCCAACCCGGGACGGUCAUCGAGUCCAGUGCAAUAAUGAUUGCCUCCCAUGCUAUCAACCUUGUCUCCAAGGUUGAAGUCUGCGAUGUUCCCCAUGAACUGUAUCCCGCAUUCUUCGUGGCAGGGACAGUGCUAUACCGGCAAUCACAAAAUGCGCACCCAACGAUGUCCCAAAUGUCUCGCGCCCACCUAGAUAAUUGUCGAACUGUGCUGAACCAAAUUCGAGAGUCAUGGGACCCUGGUAACUGGGCAAUGCAUAUUUUCGAUUUUCUAUGCUCCGAUCGCAAUAUCACGGCGCGUUCGAAAGACCGUGACACACCUGCGGCUGCCACACAAACGGAUGUCAAUUCUACAAUUACCGUUGACCAAGCACCCCCUCAAUCCAUGCUCGGUGGUGAUAUCACUCUUGAUUUAAAUUUGGAAACAAUGAUGAAUGGAGAGUCCGCUGAAAUCGGAGAUUACUUACUCAUGCCUAACUUCCUACUACCCGCCGCUGAGGGAUGGCCGGCUCUUCAGCUUUGA